ACGUAUGCGCAGAGCGGGACGUUACAAGCGCAGACCCGGAAGUUUGCGCAGUUUAACAACAAUUACAAAGAGGCUGAAUUCGCUGAAUACGGCGCAGAGCUGCUCUUCACUGCGGUAGAUCACAGAGGCACGUCGAGUUAUCGCUUGUGAAACCAGCCGCACAAUCGUGGCUCCAGCUCCUGUAAAACAUGGAGGAGCUUUACACUUUAGAGAAAGAGGUAGGACGAGGCAGCUAUGGCGUGGUCUUUGAGGGACACAUGGUCAAAACAGGACAGAAGGUGGCCAUUAAGAGGCUGCCCUGCAGCAACCCGGAGUGCAUCGAACUCUACCUGCAAGAGCUGUGGGCCAUGAGAGCCACAGCCAAGAACCACGCCAACGUCAUUGCACUCCACAGCUGCCUCCUGCAGACAGGCCCGAGGAGCUUGAAGCCCCUGAAACCAGGGAAACUGCCCCUACGUCUAGUUGAGACGGUGCUGAAGGGCAGUGUGGUUGGAGCCACACGAAGUCAGGAAAGGAGUCAUGCCCAGUGGACAGCCAUGAAGAGGAGUAAUUCUCUCUCCAGGCUUCAGGACAGGACCAACACUGUCCAGGUCAGGGCUAAGCUCCAGGACACAACAAAAUCAAAUGCAUCUGAUGCUACAACCCCACAACGACCUCAAAACAGAGCCAGAAAGAGACGGGCCCAGAGCGAGGGGGAGCAGCCGGGACCCCUGCGCUGCUUGGCGCUGUGGCUGGUGAUGGAGUACUGCGACGGGGGCGAUUUGAAUCAAUACCUGCUCUCCAGGCCUCCAGAUGCCCAGCGUAACCACAGUGUGGUGCGACAGCUUUGCAGAGCUGUGGAUUUCCUGCAUAGCCUUGGCAUCACCCAUCGAGACCUGAAGCCCGACAAUGUGCUGGUCUGUGUCACACCAAAAGGCCCUGUUGUCAAGGUGGCAGACUUUGGUCUGAGCAAGGUGAGGGAAGGUCUGGAAGGGGAUCAGACCAGGCAGCACUUCUCGUCCACCUGUGGCUCCGACUUUUACAUGGCUCCAGAGGUGUGGGGUGGACAGACCUACACGGGCCAGGCGGACAUCUUCUCGCUGGGUGUGAUGUUCUGGGCGGUUCUGGAAAGAAUCACCUUCCUGCAAGAAGGGACCACACAGGAACAGCUGGGCGCCUACGUGUGUAAGGGUCGCUCUGGCUGGUUGAUGCCACUGGGGGAAGCCUUGUGGGAGAACGCCGACCUCCAGCUGUGUAUCCCAAUGAAGUUUAAGAGAGCGCCCCCGCUGCCACCCCCUCCCGGUCCAUCUACGUGCACUCUGCUUUUAGACAUGCUCGCCUCAAACCCGGAUGCCCGGCCCCCGGCAGACCAGCUGGAGGCCAGAGUGCGAUCCGCUCUCAAAGAGGACUCCCACUGACACAAAGUGCGCUUAAGCGACCAUUAUGGCUCUCACCACUGUAGCCACUGAACAGAAAUAUUGACUGUGCGCCCCCUGACCACAGAGCUUCCUAUGUGUGUCAACAGGAACCACUUUGCUGCCUCUGGGAAAUGGGGAUAACAAAUAUGUAUGAUUAUAUGGAAUUGAAGGUGCUAUUUCUGUCACUGAAACAGCAGCACAGUUGAUAAACUCAGUAGAAAAACCAGAAAAAGGGAAAAUGGGGUUGAAAUAGAAGUGGUCCAUCUGACCCUUGAGGAAAUCAGUCCAUUGGCCUUGGACCUCUGGGAUGCACUGUAGACCAAACAUGCAAUGAUACUCAAGCAAGUCUUUUAUAGAAAUCCAGAGGGACGCACUGAGUUUCCUGUAAGCACCGUGCUGUUUGGGCACAUAGACGUUUGACAGAGAAAAUAGAUUUUAGUGAGUACGGAGCUAAAAUGCAUAAAAUGGUUUGUUGUUAUUGUUUGUAAACAGAUCAGUGUUUGACUGACUCCACAUUAUUUCUUCUGUAUUUAAGGCACUGAGUUUGACUUUGAUUUUUUGGAUAUUGAUGUUCUAAUUUGUUUCGUUUGUAUUCACCAUCCUGGCCCAGGUAUUUCCAACUCACACUGAUGUAGCAUGGAUUGAACAGUCCGCUGGGUUUCAAGAUGUAAAUACGUAGAGAGCAAACAAAUAAAACAUUGAAACAGGAGUCCGUCCAUUGUAAUGCAAGAAUGGAGUCCUGUAAUAAAACUGCAUUCGUUACACAACUUAUGUGAGUCUUUUUUGAGGGUUAUGUGUCAGCAAUAGUUCUGUUGUAUGUAAAUAAGGUGCACACAAACAAUACCACCUCAUGAUAAAAUGAACUUCAUCUCAACACGAUCACUAACAAUAGCUGCAAAUAUAGUUUUAAGAUAGAAUGUUGUUUGAGAAUUGUGGUAUUUAGUGCAGGGCUUUAAUGUUGCAUUAAAUCAUACAUUAUAUUUCUGCUUUCUGUAAUUUGCUUUUAUUGGUGUAAGAAUGCAUUUUAGGAGAUUAUUGUGUUUGAUACAUUUUGCUUCAUGCUAGGGCUGAGCGAUAACGCCAAAUAUUAUUUAAAGUUUAUAUCAGCUGAUAUCAAUAAUUGCCACAAUAAAUGUCACAUUAUUUCUUUUUA